AUGGGGAGGCAGAAUCGCAAGGCUGUUAACCUGAAGCCUGAAGGUCGCUCGAAGAUGACGUGCGCAACAUGGAGGAUGCUUAGCCGAUCUCCAUCUCCCCAAGCGCCGCUGCAGCGGCUUGCCCCAUCACCGGCCACCUGGCUCCUGCGGCCCGGCGCCCCGGCACUCCAUACUCGGCAAGCUAGAUCACCGCACGGACGCAAGCAGCCGCUGCUUCUCCUCCCUAGCGCCUACACCACGACAGCGGCGGACGCCAAGCGCCUCGCCGGUGCCGUUCGCCUCAACAUCGGGGACGCGAGGCCAAGGCGGACUCCCGAGCGCGUGCGGAGGCUGGCGAUGGGAUUGGGAUUGGGCAAAUUUUUGCUGAGGCGAGGAGUGGUCGCCGAGACGAUGCAGAGAGAGGAGGAGGGCGGUGCGGCGGGGGCGGUUGGGGGAGAGCGGCGUGGCCCGGGCAGAGGGAGGAGGGAGGCCGCGCAUGGCUGGGGGUCGGGAGGUGACGCGACGAUCCGGGUACAGGGGCGGGUAUGA